AACAUUCGUUAGGUGGCGUAACCAUAUAAGCAUAACAGCAUGGCAUCAUUUUUGAAGGCUGUGAGAAAGAGUCCUGCAAAUUUAUUUGGAAGAUCAAAGCAUAAGAAGCUUCCAGAAGAAUGGGGUGAUGGAAUACGACAGACCGUGUUUGAUGGGAUCACCUUUUAUAUCAAAUAUUUGGGAAGCAUGCUUGUGGAAGAUGCGACAGGAGAGGCCUCUACUGCUGAAGCUAUUAAAACAAUUAUAAACAUGGUAUGCAGUAAAACAACUUUGAUAUCUUUCUGCUCAGCUGACUCAAGUUAUGAGCGUGUAGUGUCUUUCAUUGCUACAAACAAAAAUGAAACAUUGGAAUGUCAUGCUUUUCUGUGCAGCAAAAGAAAAAUUGCUGAAGCUGUUGCUCUCACAAUUUCACAGUCUUUCAAUAUAGCCUUUGAUUUAUGGGAAAGAGCAAGGGAAGAAAGGAGCAAUCACAGCACAUCAUCUGAAGAGCACAUCAGUAGCACCGAUUCCAAGUCUGAAGACUUCACCUCUGGAUAUAAAAGUAACUCAUCAUCUGAAUUAGAAAAUCACAUGACUCUCAUUGAUUUUACAACAGAGGAAUCUGCUUCCACAACUGUUAGAAAACUGGGAUUUGAUGGAGAUGUUGACCUGGAUGACAGUUUUUCAAGAUUGGCAGAAUCACGCACACACCCAAUGUUUUCAACAAACUUCAAGCCUGAGGAAAUUGCCAAACUCACCAAUUUUGUACAAAGUGCAGAAAAAUCCUCGGAGAAAGAUCAGUUUCUGAACGAUCAUAGUGAUGAGUUGCUUACUCUCUAGUAACUGCUCUUCUUGCUAGUAGAAUAACUCUAAUAUUGAAAGAAAUGGGAUAAAUAACUAUCUCAUCCUCAAGAAGUUCAGAGAUCACCACAUAAAAAUACUCUGAAAGUUCAAUUGAGCCACGAGGACUAAACUUAUUCUACAAUGGUUGCUGCCACCACAAAGUGUUUCCAUACUCAACCUGUUAAGAAGUUGUUACCAUAUAUUUUUCUGCCUAGAAAGACUUAUUUAUAUACAUUAAAUGAACUAACCAGGCUUUCCACUCUCACAAACUUGACUGCUUCUCACUGUUAACCACACAUUUUUUUUUUUUAAUAUUGUUUCUGUUAUUGUUCUGCUGGUCUAUUUCCAUUGAAUUGUUUUAAUCAUGUGGCCUUCAUGAAUGUUGCAUUUCUCCAGAGAAGUAAUAUAAACAGUAAACGUACUUAACUUGGUGCUCAUAUACGUCACCUCCAUACUUUCCUGAGUUGUUAAUAAAUGUGCAAUAUUGUGCAAA